AUGGAGUUCAAGAAGGCGGAGAACGUGGCUGAACGCAGUUCAAGGGAAAGCUCCGGGCCACUGUACUGCUCAGCUGGCGAGGAGAAUGGACUGGUUGGUCUCCAUCUUAGGACCUCCUCCGCCAGACACCCUUCUCCUCCGGAGGCUGAAUAUUCAACACAUCAACUGCGACUAUUUGAUCCUUCGAAGAAUGACAACUACCGCCAAAUCCUGCGAAACUCCUGGAUAUAUCCCCUGUGGCGCCCAGCGUUUACCAUCGGCACGAUGCUGAUGCCGGCUAUAAUAAAGCCUGUUACACCAUCGACAGCACCGUUGGAUGUUAUUCAUCCGCCGGCCAACGACCAAAUGCGAAGACUUGCGUUCCGAGUGGAAAACCGAACUGUGAGAAUGAUGACUGCAUCUAUUGCCUGUCCAAUGUCUUCAAGUCCUGUGCGGAAAUAG